AUGGAGCUUCAAAGUUCCAUUUCUUGGGGAUUUUGGUCAUCGAUCUCAAUGGACAUUCUGAUCCUGCUUGUAGUUCUCGCUGCCAUCAACAAUUCUGCAGUAAAUCAUGCCUUGGCCACCAAUCGACUUCAAAAUGAAACUGAUAGACUCGCUCUGCUGGAGUUCAAGAGUCAGAUAUCUGAUGAUCCACAUGCUGUCUUGAACUCGUUCGGCACCUGUCAUCGACAUCAGAGGGUCACAGCCAUAACUCUAACAGGCUGGGGUUUGUCUGGAACCAUAUCUCCUCAUAUAGGAAAUCUCAGCUUCAUGAAAUCCAUCCAUCUGGAGGAAAAUCAGUUCCAUGGUGAAAUUCCACAAGAGGUUGGUCAUCUGUUCCGUCUAAGGUUUCUUAACCUAUCAUAUAACCUCCUGAGCGGAGAGAUCCCUGUUAGUCUAUGCAACUGCUCAAAUAUGUUAAGCCUUACGCUUACGAGCAACAAACUUGAAGGCAAAGUUCCAAUUGAGCUAAGCAAAUUGAAGAAGCUUGAAAAUCUUUAUCUUUCUAAGAACAAUUUGACAGGAGAGAUUCCUUCCUCCCUCGGAAAUCUUUCGUCAUUGACAACUCUCUUUCUUGCAUAUAACAAUUUGGAGCGUAAUCUGCCCAAGGAGAUAGGCUUCCUUAAAAACUUGCAUUCAUUAGGAGUGGGAGUAAACCAAUUAUCUGGUAGGAUCCCUGCAUCUGUUUAUAACAUAUCAUCUCUCCAUGUCUUUUCAAUACCAGUUAAUUCUUUUCAUGACAACCUUCCAACCGACGUAGGUCUCACCCUACCAAAUCUGCAAGUCCUACAAAUUGGGACGAACGACUUCAAUGGCAAUAUUCCACUUUCCAUCACCAAUGCUUCUAGGCUUGAGCAACUUGACCUUGAUAACAAUAAGCUUGAAGGGCAAGUUCCCAGUAAUUUAGGAGAUCUAUCAAACCUUCAAUUAAUAGAACUUUCUGGAAAUUGGAGUCAUACCAAGUGA